AUGUCACCAACAUCCCGAGAAGCCCCCGAGCUGAAAAAGGGCAGCGCAGUCUCCAGCCCAUCGGAAGACCUCAACGCGAUGAUUCAAACGGUGCGGAAGAGAACUGGGGAGUCAAACACCGAAUUCGAAUCUGGAAUGCCACUGGACUCCUGCGACGAAGACUCCACCCAGAGCAGAGUACAGCUACGCUCCGCCAAGCCAUCCAAGCAGCAACAAGCCUCGAUGCUCGACAUGAAUGACAACAGCGAUUGCGAUCUCUGGCUCUACAAGGACCAUCUGGGCUGUGUGCACGGACCCUUCUCCGGUGCCUGCAUGUUCUCCUGGUUAGCCUCCGGCUACUUCCGCACGUCGUUGCCUGUGAAACGCACCUGCGACCAAGACUUCAACUGCUUGGCAGGCAGGACGCGACGCUGGCCGCACUGUCACCCGACCCUUGAGAAUGAAGAGCCACCCUUGAAUUGUAACGGCAAGUUCUUCAAAGGCGGUCAGACUUCGUUCAUUGACUCACAGGAAAAACCAGUGGAAUCGAUUAAGGUCGUAAACCCGACUGUAGAAACAGCCCCAGCGGUUCUACCGGGCACGCGAGUUCACCGUGCCGAACACGUCAAAGCUGAACUUGGAUUUCGCGAUAAUGCAGAACUUCUUGCUGAGGAUAACCACACAAAUGGAAGCCUCAAAGAAGAAGUGGAAGCAGCGCGAAGGAGCCUGGGGCGGCUACGAGAAGUGCCAAACAGCACGCAGCUUCGUAUCGGAGGUAGCGACACAACCAGCCGAAAGAAAGAACAUGGUCUGCCGCCGUACAUCUACCGCUGCAGUCGACACUCCUGCUGCUCCAACAACCUGGGCCGAAGUGUGCCUGAAAGCGCCGACAAAGCCGCAAAUGCGGGCACGUACGGGCGGACGCAAGUUGGCACACCGGAGCCUGUCGCCAUCGAAAACAUGACGCGGUUCCCAUCGCUCGGUGGCAAAGCCUUCGCGCGCGCCUUGCAGAGCAAAAGUAGGAACCAACAGCAAGACCCGGCGUGGACCCGACGCGCAGCCGCGGACCAGGAUUUCACCCGCUGGUGCUACGAUAGGCUCGGGAGACUUCCGUCGUACGUCCACGUGCCAACUUUCUUCGAGCUGCUGAGGGAAGUCGACUCGAACUCCGAAAUUGAAGAGUACGUCCGCCAACACUUUGGCAGUGGAGAAGAGGCCUCGCGCUUCGCCCACGAGUUCGUGCAGCGACGGUUGCAGUGGAAGCAGCUGACAGGCUGAAAGGGCCCCGCCAAGCUUCGUGAGGCUACCACCGGCGUAGAUAUUGCGCCGAAAGACAAGAAACUGCGAAAGUUGAACGGCACCGCCUAUCGAGUUUAGUGGCGGGGAAACUUUCAAGAAAGCAUGAAGGAUGCCAUGAGCUGGCUCAUUGGACAUGCUUGUUUCUUUUUUUUUACUUAGGUGAAGCACACUGAACAAAUAAAGGAUUUA